GGUACACUCCGCCAUCCCAGGCCAGUGCGUUACGAACUAGUGAGGGAGGUGGACGUGCUCGUGUUUGUGCGUGACUCAUAUUGAGUAGUAUUACAGUCAACAAGGAGACCCCUACACGACCCUUCCAAAAACAACGACAUGAUGGCCGAAACUCACUCCAAGUCGGAAGUAUCAACCACCACUACUACCACGACCUCCCCGACGUACGCCGCCCCGAAGUCUUCAGGGAUAUCCCUCUGCUUGCAGUACUUCAAGACAGGCCCAGGCAUCGUCAAGCUCGUCGAACUGCUUAUUGGCAUCCUGUGCAUGGCCUGUGCUGCACCGGCAUGGACCAAGGGCACACACUGGUUCCUGUUCGUGGUGGUCACAGCCUUUGUGUCCACCGCCAUCUGGUGUUUCAUAUACCUGUUGAACCUCAAGAGUGCCAUCACCCUUCCCAUUGAUUGGCUUCUCACUGAACUCAUUCUAACAGCUCUCUUUGCGGUGCUUUACAUAAUAGCUAGCAUUGUCCAGAUAAUCAGCACUGUCACAAAACCACGGCCACCAAGACGGCUAAAACCCUUCUACCUGUUGUCAGGGGUUUUUGGUGUUUUCAAUAUGCUGACUUAUGCCAUUGGCUCCUUCUACUUGUACCGUGACUGGAAGGACUCGCAUCCGCACUCAUCCUUCUCUGGCCCUGUUCUGAAGCGUAACCCAUAAACUUGGGGCUAGUUGUUGGAGAUCUCCUCAGUCAUUCAAGAAGCCCCAGUUAUUAACUAUGGAGCAACUUGUUCUUACCAAGUGCAAACUCUCACCCAUUCAUGUCACAAUUCUGCUCACGUUACAGCUUUACUUUUGAAAUUAUCUCAAACUGUAAAUGGAUGUAAUUUCCUUACAAGAAUUUGAAUUAUACCAACAAGAAGGAACAAGUGUAAUGAUCUUCAAUGGUAUUAUGGAAGUUACUUGAGCUUAUUUUGAUCUCCAUAUUCAUGUGUAUGAACUUCUCAGCCUAAAACUAUAUUUAGGGAUGCCAUACUACAUGUUCUUAAGUCUUGUCCUCAUUUGGGGCAGAGCCGCUCAGUUGUUUGUUUAGGUGAGCUUGAGUCAACGCAGCAGCCUAUGGGACUCAAUAAGUGUCUAUACACUUGCCCUCUUGUUAUGGCUCAGAAUUUGACUUACUUGGCCCAGAUCCCUAAAACAGUACAAGCCUUUUUUAGAAGCCAUAUACAGUUCAUUUUUGUAUUGGCAAAAAGCUUUCAUAUAUAUAUUGUUUUGCUUUAUCCAUAGAUUGAAGAUUAACCAAUCCCUAGUCGACUCAAAAGAUGUUUAUAAACUGAAUUAUCUCUUUGAAGUUCAAAAAAUGUAUUAAAAUUAUAUAAAUUUUUACUAAUACACUGCCCCUGAUUUUGAAUGAUUAAAAAAAGAAAAGAAUAUGGAAUAGAUGAUGCCCCUGUUGAAAAAAAGUAUACUUUGUACUAUAUUAUAGUCACUUGGGGCUUGUAAAGAUUAAUAAGAAUAACAGUAGUAAAUAGUCAAGUUCUUAUAUUAUGACUUCAUUUAGGCUUUAAUGUAUAUUUAACAGGAUAAAUAAUAAUUAAAAUGUAAUUUAAUAUAUUUUCUCGACUACUCACACUAGCACAUCGUCAAUAUUAUCUUCUCCCCAAUUACAAACAGGUAAGUCAUGCUCUCACAUUUGGUGGAGAACACACACUAUUGUAGCUGUGUGUGUGUGAUAGAUAGAUAUAUAUAUAUAUAUAUAUAUAUAUAUAUAUAUAUAUAUAUAUAUAUAUAUAUAUAUAUAUAUAUAUAUAUAUAUAUAUAUAUAUAUAUAUAUACUGUAUAUAUAUAUAUAUAUAUUAUGUAUAUACUAUAUAUACAGUUUAUAUACAUACAUAUAUACACACAUACAGUACAUACAUUUGUAUCAGGCAAAGCUUGACAACCUACAAAAUGUUUGUGUUUGGAGAGAAGAUAAUUUGGGUAUUAAAUAUCUUAUAUCUAUAUUCAUAUUUUUAUGAGAUAUAGAAUUAAUGUCUAUGUUAGUUUACAUAUUAAUGCAAUAUCAUUAAAAGAUAUAACUUUAGAGAAAUACAAACUGUUUACAAGAGAAAGAGAGAAUAGAUUUUGAUAUACUGGUAUAUAUUUUGUUUAAAAUCUAUCUGUUUUUACUGAAACACAGUGUGGCUGGUGUAAGAUCAGGGGUUUCAACGCUAGCCUGUUAACGAAUCCUGCGUGUCAGGUCAUUUUGUAAUAUUAUACAGUGUUGUGUAUAAAUAAUCAGCUCCAUCCCUUUGUACCUUCUUGCAAAUCAAUUAUUAUUAUUAUUAUAUGUACUCCUAGAAUGCUUGGAGAAUUUUAGGACCAGGAAUUAUCACUGCCAUGUGCUGUGUUGCCCAUCCUUUGUCACUACCUGUAGACAACAUGCGGUUUAGAGGAUCAUGGCGACUGCUGUUAGUUAAACAGCUCUGUUAAUAAACAUACAAUAGCACAGUAAAUUGAUAUACAUUCAAUUUUUCAACAUUGACAAAAUAAAGUCUUGGUUUCUUGUGUUAGUUAAUGAUAUGUAAACACAGGCAUUUAAGAAUUGAUUCCCUUAUAUUUGGCAUUUUUUAAUUAAAUAUAAAUGAACAUACAGUAAAAAAAAUGAUAAAAUAACUAGGAUAACACAUGCUGUAUUCAGAAUUGCUCUGAUCCCAUUUUAGCUUGAUGACAAGAUUCAUCCAUUUGUAUUGUGUACAAGGUGCCACCUCCAAUAUUAUCAUUUAUUGAGUGUUAUGUGAAAUGUUGCCCUCUCGAUAAUAACCAUCUAAUGCAUGUAUCUUAAUAAUAAAUUAUUUGUGUAGACUACAAAUUAAAGAUCUAACAGGCUGGUAUUUUUUGAUGAACAUGUUAAAAACUUUUUUGGAUAUGAUGGUAGACAGAAAUUUAGAUUUUAUAAUCUAUUUGUAGGGAAUACUGCAUCUCAGUCAAGAAGUGUGGCCACUCACCAGUCCAUCCCUUCCCAGUUGUACUGCAUUGUGUCUGGUGUCUACAGUGAUAUGAUCAAAUCUAUUUGUAAAUUUAUUUUUUACUUUGCAUAUUGUUAUUUUUGCAACACUGAUAACUAUUACUUUCAUUCAGUAAUAACAAACAGGGAAAAUUCACACUAGCUUAUGUUUAGAAUUUGUUAUUACCGGGUAAUAUGUACUAUGUUGCGUGUAUCUUUGAGCUGACAUGUAUCCUUUGCAUAUGAAUCCAAGUAACAGUUGGCUCAUAAGUUUGAAUCAAAUGUGUUUGUCUCCUUUGUAAAUAUUUUCUCUCACUUAAUACUGACUUUAUUCAUAUUUGGACCUUUGCAUUUGUCAAGCAUAAUUUAAUACACUUAAUACUGUAUAUUGUAUAUUGAGAAAUAAAAUAAUAAUGUAAAAAUAAUGAAGCACAGUGUAUAUGAUAUAAUCCAAUACUGUAUAUUACAUUGAAGGAGAAUCUGGCCAAUUUGCUGCUACCAUAUUUAAUGUCUACAACAUAAAUCACAGUAAUGAAGGGAUUAUAUCUGUCACUGCAGGAGUCAUAUCUGUCAAGCUGUUGCUUAUAAUGUAAUUGUUAAAAUCUUGUAGCAAGAAAGGCCAAAAAAUUAUGAAGCAUGGAUAGUUUGUUUGUAAGUUGUGCUUUUAAAAUAAUUCUUCAAAUUAUUUACUUGUGUUUAUUGCUUGGAGAUAUUCAAUAAAGAGGAUUUUGUAAUAA